UUGUAUCUCUUUUUUCAUUGUCCUGUUCUGCUUUUGUUUAUGAUUUUCUUUUUCACAGCUCUAACCGUUUUCAAAACGCAUAAGCUUUCAAAACGCAGUUUACACAAACAGGUGAGGUGAUUUUUCAAAACGCCGCCGCACCAAAUUAGCUGCCCCAAAAGAGAGUUCAAGAUGCCUUUUUUUUAUUUAUUAACAAGAAAAACCAAAAAAAGCAUGAAAAACAGAACGUCUACCAAAUCGUAAGGCUAGACCUACUUCGAAACAAAAAUGAGAAUUAAAUUGAGUGGCAACUUCAGAUCUAUAUAUUCAGUUCACUACAAUCCCUCUCUGCUAAAAGAGUAGCAACACGAAUGGAAUGAAAUUCAAGAUGAAAAAAUGCAAUAUGCAAUCAACAAAUAGCACCGCCAAAGGGCAGUGCGAGUUAAUCAUAUUCAGCUCCCGGAACCGAAAGUAUAGAUUUUUAGAAAAAAAGAUGUUUAGGAUCGGAUCAUGAGGAAAUCAUCCAAGUGAGAUGUGUUACAAUUUGUAAACUCUACAAUGAUUUGCAACAUUGCUAAGCAGCAAGAGGAAUUAUAAGUAGCUUCCUAUACAACUACAGAGCAAGACUAUAUAAAGGAGGUAAUUAGCACAGUGGUAGUGGAGAGGACAGAUUGCAGUGAGCUGAUUCUGUAACUAAGUUAUGGAAAGAACAGUGGUAGUGGAGUGUUUGUUAUGCUGCAGAUUUUUCUGUUAUUAAGAUAAACAUUAACAAAAAAUUACAGUAAGGGAAACCCUGAAUAUGAUAGUAUAUUUCGGAAUCUAAAAAAUUACAGUAAGGAUCCUCCUAACCGUCGCCCGAAAUAUUAGGCUAUUUGGCAGGAACGGCCCUAAACAGUUACCGCGACCGCCGAAUUGACCCCAAAUAUAUUAAGCCUGUUUCCGCGAACGACAGCUGCCUCGACCUCGGAAGUCACUGCAUUCUCCGACAACUCAACUCAUCUCUCUCCGAGCAUGGAACAAAUCAUCGAGUAUGAUUCCGUGGUUGCUGAUGCUCUUUUCGGCUUCCCGGACUCGCCACCUUUCCUUCCGCCCUUCUCCGACUCCACAAUCCUCACUUUCCCGCCCCCGCCGCCAUGCGACAUCUCCUCCGUCCCUCACAGCAGCCCCAAACGCCACCACAGCGGCUCCGACCUCUACAUUCAUGACUUUCCACAGCCGCAUUUUGAUUUUGAAAUUCCCGAUUAUGAUCCCACAUUGUUUGCCGAGUUUGAGGCUCCGCAGCCGCCCUCAAUCGCCAUGGUUGCGCCGUUUGCCCAAGGUGUUGUUGGCUUGUCUGCGCAGAGUAUGGCUGCGAGGGGAAGACGAAAGCGAAUCAGCGAGAAGAUGCUGGAGCUGGGCGGGCUUGUCCCCGGCGGGAACAGGAGGAACACCGCCCCCGAUGCUCCUGGCUGCCUUUAAAUAUGUCAAGUUCCUUGAAGCUCAACAUGGCGUUCUUCUGCUCAUGGAUUCCCUUCCAGUUCCAGUGUGCAAAAGUAUGGAGCAUUUGUUGGGAUCUAUGGUUGUCCAAGAAAAAUUGUCAGCUAUGGGACUGUGUGUGGUGCCAAAAAAAAUAGUAGAUGAAUUUGUGGAUGAUCCCCAACUUAAUCUAAUAUGUUGAUUUCGUGAUCUACAUGACAAGUUUAUUGAGUCUACUGAAGUUGGAAAGAAAUUGAUUUUACU